AUGCCGAGCCUCGGGGCUCCCCCGGCCGCGCUGCUGCUGCUGCUGGCGGCGCUGAGCCUGGCCCGCGGGGUCCCCCGGCCCCCCCUCCCCGGCCCCCCGGAGCUUUGCGGCUUGGAGGCUCCGAGCCGCCGGGCCUCCCCCCCGCACCACCCCUACGGGCUGUACCCGGGCCGGGCCGCCCAGGGGGUGCUCGGCGCUGCCGCCCCCGGGAGGCCGCGGGGUCGGAGGCCGCGGGGAGCCGGGGGUGGAGGCGAGGAGGAGCGGGGCGAGGCGGAGGGGAGGCCGCGGGGCCGGGCGCCGCAGGUGCCGAGCCCCCCCCGGGCCCGGCCGCUGCCCGCCCUGUACUUCUCCGGAGGCCGGGAGACGCUGGCGGCGAGGCCGGAGGCGCUGCCCGAAGUCCCGCGGGAGCGUUUCACCCUGGAGCUGUGGGUGAAGGCGGAGGGAGGACAGAGCAACCCGGCCGUCAUCGCAGGCGUCUUCGACAACUGCUCGCACACGGCCAGUGAUAAGGGCUGGGCGCUGGGCAUCCGCGCCCUGCGGCUGGGCGGCAAGAAGGACGCCCGCUUCUUCUUCUCCCUCCGCACCGACCGGGCAGCCGCCGCCACCGAGGUGACCGGGUCCCACCGCUACCGCCCGGACGCCUGGACCCACCUGGCCGCCAGCUACGACGGGCACUGGAUGUCCCUAUACGUGGACGGGGCGCGGGUGGGCCGCGCUGGCGGGCAGCGGGGUCCCCUGCACAGCACCUUCAUGGCCUCCUGCCGCACCCUGCUGCUGGGAGGGGACGCCUGGGGGGACGCCCACGCUUUUCGGGGACACCUGGCUGGGCUGGCCCUGUGGCGGGGAGCCCUGCCCCAGACCUGGCUCCAGCGGCCCUUCCUGGAGGGGGCGGCUGGGGGGGUGGAACCGGCGCUGGCCGCCGGCUUGGACGCCCCGGAGCAGCGCUGGGCGCCUUUCCGCGAGGGCUCCUUCCCCCGGCGCCAGGCGCUGCCACCUCCCGCGCCCCCCAUCCUUCGCCCGCUGGGUCCCCCGGCCUGCGGGCAGACAGCGUGCGACAACGUGGAGCUGGUCUCCCACUACAACCAGCACUGGCCACUGCGGGGGGCCAAGGCGGUGCGGUACCGCGUGGUGAGCCUGGCCGAGGACGGCGGCGGGCGGCCGACGGUGAGCCGCGAGCAGGUCUGGCGGCAGCACCGGGCGCUGAGCGACGCUUUCCGCCCCUACAACAUCUCCUGGCAGCUCAGCCUGCUGGAGGUGCGCAACUCCUCCCUGCGCCGCCGCGCCGUGCUGCUGGGCUGCGAGCCCAGCAAGGUGGGCAACGAGCGCUGCGACCCCGAGUGCGAGCACCCCCUGACUGGCUACGACGGCGGGGACUGCCGCCGGCCCGGCCGCUGCUUCUCCUGGAAGCGUCGUGACGGCAUCUGCCACAUGGAGUGCAACAACAUGCUGGACGACUUCGACGACGGCGACUGCUGCGACCCGCGUGCCGCCGACGUGGCCAGGACCUGCUUCGACCCCGACUCGCCCCAGCGGGUGUACAUGAGCGUGAAGGAGCUGAAGGAGGCCCUGCAGCUGAACAGCACCCACUUCCUCAACGUUUACUUUGCCAGCUCGGUGAGGGAAGAGUUGGCUGGUGCUGCCACUUGGCCAUGGGAUAAAGAGGCUCUUAGUCACCUCGGUGGUGUUGUCCUCAACCCUGCUUAUUAUGGUAUGCAUGGCCACACGAACACCAUGAUCCACGAAGUGGGACAUGUCCUGGGGCUGUACCAUGUCUUUAAGGGAGUGAGCGAGCGGGAAUCUUGUGACGAUCCCUGCAGGGAGACAACUCCGUCUAUGGAGACAGGAGACCUCUGUGCUGACACCGCCCCUGCCCCAAAGAGUAAGCUCUGUCGGGACCCAGACCCUACAAAUGACACCUGUGGCCAGAUGCUUUUCACGGGGACGCCCUUCAACAACUACAUGAGCUACACAGAUGAUGACUGCACCAACACCUUCACCCCCAACCAAGUAGCCCGGAUGCAUUGCUACCUGGACCUGGUGUACCAGCGCUGGAGCCAGAGCAAGAAGCCUGCGCCCAUCCCAAUCCCACCCAUGGUCACGGGGCAGACUCAGGACUCCCUCAGCAUCUACUGGCUGCCUCCCAUCAGCGGUGUCAUCCAUGAGAGGGAGCUGGACACUCUCUGUGAUGACUGUGCUGAGGACGGCACUUUCCGUCAAUACGUGCAUGAGGCCUCAUCCCCUCGGGUCUGUGACUCCUCUGGCUACUGGACCCCAGAAGAGGCAGAAGGGCCCCCAGACGUGGAUCAGCCCUGCGAGCCCAGCCUGCAGGCCUGGAGCCCGGAGCUCCACCUGUACCACAUGAACAUGACCGUGCCUUGCCCCCAGCCAGAUGGCUGCAUCCUGGAGCUGCGCUUCCUGCACCCCGUCUACCCCGAUUCCCUCACCCUCUGGACCACGUACCUCUCCACUGACUCACCCAAGGCACUGUCUGACAUUGAAAUCCUGACAGAGCAGGGGGAGUCCAUCCAUUUGGGCCCCCUGGACACCUUCUGUGAUGUCCCUUUUACCGUGAAGCUCAACAUCCACAAGAAGGUGUCUGGAGUCAAAAUCUAUACCUUUGAUGAGAGGAUGGAGAUAGACACGGCCCUGCUGACCUCCAUGCCCCACAGCUCCCUCUGCUCCUCCUGCAAGCUGAUCCAAUACCGUGUCCUCCGUGAGCCCCCCUUCGCAGACGGAUCCCCUGCCACGGCAACACAGGCGCACCGCGAGUUCAUCGACACGGAAGUGACGCCUGGGCAGGUGUACCGCUACCAGGUGCAGGCAGUCUCUGGGACAACCUUGGGAGAAGCUUCCCCACCGCUUGUCCACGUCCACGGAGCACCCUACUGUGGGGAUGGGAAGGUGACCGCGAGCCUGGAGGAAGAAUGCGAUGAUGGGGACUUGCUGGAUGGAGAUGGCUGCUCCAGGAAGUGUAAGAAGGAAAAAGGCUUCAACUGUGUCGGAGAGCCGAGUCUGUGCUACGUGCACGAUGGAGAUGGCGUGUGUGAGCCCUUCGAGAAAACAAGCAGCGUCCUGGACUGCGGUCCCUACACGCCCGAUGGAUACGUGGACCUGUGGGCAGCAAAAGCCUAUGCCUCCCAUCAGGAUGAGAAGUCCUGCCCUGCUUCCUUGGCCACUGGAGAGCCUGUUGCAAAGGCAUGUAAAUCCUACCUUCACGCUGUGCCAAAGGACCUUUCCCAGGCUGCUUGGUUCCCAUGUUCUCGCAGCCAAGACAAUGCUCAGGAUCCAAAUGAGGAGAGGAUGCCCUUGGGCGGUGAGAGAGUUUGGCUCAAGGUGUGCUUCGAGCGACCCGCAGUGCCCACCUCCAUCCUGGUCUUCCUGGCCUCUGACGGCACAGCCCCGAGCGACCAGCACAAGCCGAGGGUGACCAUCCAGCUGAGCGACGUGGACGGGCUGAACCGCUCCUUGGGGACGCACGAGCUGUCAUGUCAGCACAACCCGCUCGUCAUCGAUGCGACCCGUGGCCAGCAGGACCCGUCCUACCGGGCUGGGUCGGUGCUGCUCAACUUCUCCUCCCCACUCGUGGGUGUCGCAGCCGUGGCCCUGCGGACGCCAGCUCUGCCGAGCUCCGCUGACCCCACCACCUGCCUGCUGCCGCACAAGGAGGGACACGGCCAUCAGCGAUACAGCUGUGCCCACGGUGCCUGUGCAGGGCCAGGAAGCUGCACGAAGCCCCCUAUUGCUCACACCGCCAGCAUGAACUGCACCUCUGAUGGCCUGAGGCACAUGGAGUGCUCCGUCACCUGCGAAAAGGGCUUCGUGCUCCGCUCCAGCAGUGGGAAGAGCCUGGGCUCCACACAGCAGGAUGUGGUUCUGACGUGCAGCUCAGGGCGGUGGGACCGAUCUGUGACUUGUGACCCUGUUGACUGUGGUGUCCCUGACCAGUCGCAUGUCUACUACGCCAAGUUCUCCUGCCCCAAAGGGACCACCUACCUGAGGCGAUGCUCCUUCUCCUGCAUCCACCCGGCCAAGCUUCAAGGAAUGAACCAGUGGCUGACCUGCCUGGAGGAUGGUCUCUGGUCGCUCCCUGAAGCCUACUGCAAGCUGGAGUGUGAUGCGCCUCCCGCGGUGGCCAACGCCAAGCUCCUGGUCCCGCGGUGCCUGCAGGGUAACCACGACGUGGGCUCUGUCUGCCGCUACAAGUGCAAACCUGGAUACCACGUGGCCGAGAACGCAGCAGGCAAACCGAAAAAGAAGUUCCUGAAGAUCCAGUGCCUGGAAAGCGGGCAGUGGGAAGAGGGGCACUGCGUCCCCGUGGUGUGCGAGCCACCCCCGCCAGUCUUUGAGGGCAUGUACAACUGCACCCAGGGCUUCGAGCUGGACAGCCAGUGCGUGCUGAACUGCGAGCCGCCGGGCAUGCGGGUUCCCAUCGUCUGCACCAAGGAGGGCUCGUGGACGGAGGAGUUCACGCUGUGUGAGAGCCUGCAGGGCACCUGCCCGCCGCCCUCGGAGCUGAACCUGGUGGAGUACAAGUGCGAGCAGGGGCAUGGCAUAGGUGCUGUGUGCACACCCUCCUGUAUUAUACCCCCCAGCGACCCCGUCAUACUGCCUGAAAAUGUAACUGCUGAGACUAUGGAUCACCGUCUGCAGCCCACCAGAGUCCAGCACAUUGUAUGCACGGGCAGGCUGCGAUGGUACCCAGACCCCUCUGGCAUUCACUGCAUCCAGUCGUGUGAGCCCUUCCAAGCAGACGGCUGGUGUGACACCAUCAACAACCGGGCAUACUGCCAGUAUGAUGGGGGUGACUGCUGCUCCUCCACACUGUCCUCCAGGAAGGUGAUCCCAUUUGCUGCUGACUGUGACCAGGACGAAUGCACGUGCCGCGACCCGGCGGCGGAGGAGAACCAGUAGCGGGGCCGUGGAGGACCUCUGUCGGUCAGGCGAGCGCCU